AGUUCCCAGCCAGCCGUUCAAGGCUUAUAGUGUUGCUGCUGCAUGGAGUAUCCUACAAGGCUUGUAGCAUAGCCCCCUUUGCAUAAAGGUAACAAUUCUACUGUUUGCUUGUGGGUUUGAUGAUGGGAUCUCCUCAGAGCCCUAAUUUGGCAACAAAUCAGCCAGAUUCUACACCUAAGCCAAGAAAACGCUAUAUUAGCACCAGUUCAGAUGAUGAAGGACCUCCUGUGAAAACCUAUGCUGAAGAACAAGCGGAGACAAGGGAAAUAUGGCAAGAGAUCCUGGCAACCAUGGCAGCUGAGCCACAGAAUUCAGCCCUUUUGAAAAGUCUGAAGCCUUCUCGUGAAGCAAUGCAGAAAUUUUUGGGUCUGAAUAUCAAUGAAGAACCUUAUAUUGCCCCAGCGAGGCGUAGAGGGGCUAUGAAAAAACUUGUGAGAGUUGUUAUCUAUGGAAUUAUGAAUUAUUGCCUGAGGUCUUAUGCCAGGGAUGCCUGUUCUGGCUGCAGCAUUCGUGCCCCGGGUCAAGAAGCGCAUGACUGCUUACGUUACUCUGAGAAUCAAAUUGCUACAUUUAUUAAGAAGCUCUGUUCUAAAUUGUGUCUUAAAUCAUUUUUCCACCUACUUGUCUGUUUAGGGUAUGCAGUAAAAUGUCUGGUUCUGACCGAGGAAAUAGUCCACGAAUCUUUAAUUAUUUUUACUAAACUGUAUACUUCUGAUAAUCCACGGAAUGUUCUGAACAAUAUUUUGAAGCCGGGAGAUAUGGCAUUGUAUUUUUUUGUGAAUAAUGUGAUACAAGAAAGAGAGUAUAAAACAUUUCUGAAGUCUCUACCACCUCAAUAAAGAUGAUGAUUUUUAAGCU